AAUAUUUAAUAAUGUGUAUAUGCCGUGUUUGAGAGGAAAAUACAUGCAACAACUUGCGGUCCAGGCGGUGCUUUGUUUUGUACAGAAGAAAGGUCAAGAAUGGCAGCCACUGUUGUCGUCGAUAAGAAGCUUGCAGUAGAUUUUCCUGACGUCACGGAAACCAAAUUUAAGUACAUAGACAAGUCAUUUGUAAAGAAGCACGAAGAUGUGUAUAACACUAAAAAAGACUUAAAAAUAUUUGUUGGAAGUGCAGCCAAAGCGUCAUUUCUUGGCCACAAAGCAGUGCUCCAAGAUGCUCAUGAAUUCUUUGGUAAUUCAUUUUGCAAGGAGGGUGAGGAAGGGUCUGAAAUUUAUUUUAAGGAAAUCACAGCUUACGGUUUCACUCCUAUUUUUGAAUACUUUUACCACGGAUAUAUCUAUGUUGACCCAGAGUUAUUUACCGAGCUUAUUGAGGCUGCAUCCUUUUUUAAAAUCGAAUGGAUUCUUGACGUGUGUCGUCACUUUAUGCUGCAUUUCUACGGAGUCAUAAAGUAUUCUUAUACAAUUGAACUGGCAGAGCGAUUUGGAUUUGAGGGCUUCAAGGAGGAAAUGUGUGGGACAUUUGGGCUAUUUCUAGCAAAGUUGGCAAAAGGUGACGCCCCUUUUAAAGAUUAUCCCGAAGAUCUUCUCUCAGAUUUUCUACAAGGCAACUACUACACAGAGGCCCCAGAAUUCUUAAUUUUACAGUUUCUUAUUAAAUGGAUGAACUACGACAAGAAGGAAAGAGAGAGGAAAAUGUUGUCCUUAUUAAGUAACAUAAGAUAUCAUAUAAUGAAACCAGAAAACUUGAACAACAUCUCUGAGGACAUACUGAGCAUGUCAGAUAUUCGGAAGGAGGUAGAAGAUGCUAAACUUUAUUUGUCGAAUGUACCGCAGCAAUGCUUGAAGAAAGGGAUAAAAUACGCGAGUCGUGGGGCAAAGGAAGUUGCAAUUGUGUCAGCGUUUCAUGACACGAGUGAUAGAAGCGAAAGUAAUAUACUGGCUUACAAGGAUCCAAAUAAUGAUGAACCAACGCUCUCUGUAGAAGAACUUGGCCCGUCAGGGUUGAAAGCUGACUACACAACUAUGAACCAAGCCUGCAUUGGUAAUUUUCUCUUCGCUGCUGGUGGUUAUGACAAGGCGGGUACAAGCUUAUCCUGUGUAUACAUGUUUGAUGCACGAACAAAGAAGUGGACAGAAGUUGCUGGUAUGAUUCAAGCUAGAGCAUCGUUUGCCAUGUGCAAUUCUAAAGAUAGAAUUUACGUCAUUGGUGGUGUUUGUAAGGAAGCGGAUGAUGAGAAGUUUCUUUCUACUGUUGAAAUGUAUGUUCCUGAAGAAAAUAAAUGGAAGGCGAUUACAAGUUUGGAAUCCAGCUGUUUUAAUCAGGCGGCUGUUUACUGCAGUGAUGCUCUAUAUGUUACCGGGGGAAUAUUUGAUGUAGAACCAAUAGCAUCCGCCCUCUGCUUGCAAGAUGGUUCUUCGAAAUGGACAAUGUUGCCAAAAAUGUCCGUCUGCCGUCAAGGUCACAGUAUGACAGAAUUUGGCGGGAAGCUCUACGUUUUAGGCGGAUACACAGCAAAGCCUAACUCACAAGGUUUAGUAAAAGAUUGCGAUGUAAAUGAAAUAUUUAACUUAAAAACAAAACAGUGGACAACUAUCACUCGUACACCGAAAAGAUACGGACAUCUUUACCGGCAUACGGCAAUCAUGCAGAACAAAAUAUACUUUCUGUGUAACAUUGAUUCAGAUGUAUACCUUAAUAGCUUUGACAUGGAAUCCAACGAAUUUAUCACAGGGGCAUUGAUUGGCAGGGGAGUUCACAAAGUAGGCGUGCUUCAAGUGGCUUACCCACCAACUUGCCUGAUAACACCCCUGCCUUAAUACGAAAUGAUUUGUACAUACAUCUGUAAAAUUAAUAACCAUUACAAUCCUAUAAUGACUGAAAACGUACAAGUUGUGGAUGCCCGAUACUUGUGCGCGAUACAUUCUCAUGAUGUAGAAAACAUUUGCAUAAAAUUAUUUCAAAAUACGCCCAUAUAUGACAUUUAUUGCCUGGACACAAAAAUGUGGACUUACGGACGCUGCAAAAAUUAAACACCUUCGCAAUAUCGGGGUGGUGGGGGAUGAAAAAAGGAACUUAGUAAAUAUCGGCAUGUUGUAUACAUUAACUUUUGAAUUAUACAGAAUCAUUGUACCUUUAAUAGAUUUAUGCUAAAUAAACUGUACACUCAG